UCGCAGCUUUAAGGACAUUCAUUUCCAGCCUGCGAUACCUCGCCAACCGGAAGCGCGGAUUGAUUUCGGCACGGCAAGGAGAAAAGGAAAUCAAAGAAGCUCUUAUUAAAUGAUCGUCCACAGAGCCUCGGUGAGGGAUUUGCUAAAACGGAGAGAAGGGCUUUAAUCGCAAAUCGACGUCUCAUCCGCCUAAAAAGGGAUUAUUCUUUGACUAUGGGAUCUACCUUCAGGGUCCCCACCUGCUGGGCGCCGUAAUGGUGGCUGCAGCUCCCUGUCCCAGCUGAGCCCCUCGCUGCCCUCUGAAGGAGCAGGAUGACAAGAUGGCACAGCUGCUUGUACCGCCCGGACCUGACAGCUUCCGCCCCUUCGUUCCAGAGUCUCUCGCCGCUAUCGAGAGGCGCAUCGCUGAGGAAGAGGCCCGGAGACCACGGGCGGAGCGCCGCAGCGACUGCGACGAUGAAGACGGGCCUAAGCCCAACAGCGACUUGGAGGCGGGGAAAUCUCUCCCCUUCAUCUACGGGGACAUCCCCCCCCACCUGGUGUCCACUCCGCUGGAGGACCUGGACUCCUACUACAGCAAUCAGAAGACCUUCAUAGUAUUGAAUCGCAGGAAGGCAAUCUUCCGUUUCAACGCCACUCCUGCCUUGUACAUCUUAAGCCCCUUCAACCCCAUCAGGAGGAUAUCAGUUAGAAUUUUAGUACACUCGAUGUUCAGCAUGUUGAUCAUGUUCACCAUCCUGACCAACUGUGCUUUCAUGACCCUCAGCAAUCCCCCGGAAUGGGCCAAGAAUGUAGAGUACACAUUCACAGGGAUUUACACCUUUGAGUCGCUCAUAAAGAUCCUGGCCAGGGGCUUCUGUGUGGGGAAGUUCACCUUCCUCCAGGAUCCAUGGAAUUGGCUGGAUUUCAGUGUUAUCUCGAUGGCAUAUGUCACAGAGUUUGUGGACCUGGGCAAUGUCUCAGCACUGCGAACCUUCAGGGUUCUGCGAGCCCUGAAAACUAUAUCAGUCAUCCCAGGCUUGAAGACCAUUGUUGGCGCCCUGAUCCAGUCUGUGAAAAAGCUCUCCGACGUGAUGAUCCUCACCGUGUUCUGCCUCAGCGUCUUCGCCCUCAUAGGCCUGCAGCUCUUCAUGGGCAACCUGAGGCAGAAGUGCUUACGCAUGCCGCCCGAGGGCAACGCCACCAACAGCACCAACGCCACCUUGGACGAUUUGUUUUUCAGCGGCGUCCUGACGGACAUCAACGCCACAGUAGUGCAGAAUGACACCUUUAACUGGACAGAGUACAAGAACGAUGAACGUAAUUACUACUACCUCCCUGGCCGUAGGGAUGCUCUGCUCUGUGGGAAUGGGAGUGGCGCUGGGCUCUGUCCAGAGGGCUUUGCAUGUAUCAAAGCAGGCCGUAAUCCAGACUAUGGCUACACCAGCUUCGACACCUUCAGCUGGGCCUUCCUCUCCCUGUUCCGACUCAUGACCCAGGACUUCUGGGAAAACCUUUACCAGCAGACUUUGCGUGCUGCAGGCAAACCCUACAUGGUGUUCUUUGUGCUGGUGAUCUUCCUGGGCUCCUUCUACCUGGUUAACCUGAUUUUGGCUGUGGUGGCCAUGGCCUACGAUGAGCAGAACCAGGCGACCAUCGAGGAGGCCCAGCAGAAAGAGGAGGAGUUCCAGGCCAUGUUGGAGCAGCUGAAGAGACAACAGGAGGAGGCUCAGGUUGCCGCGGCAGCAGCCACAGAGAGCGGCGAGUACAGCGGGAGAGGGGGCCCCACCUCAGAGUCCUCCUCGGGGACGUCUAAGCUCAGCUCCAAAAGUGCCAAGGAGCGACGCAACAGGCGAAAGAAGAGGAAGCAGCGGGAGGAGGAGGAGGAGAGGGGGGUCCGGGACAAGUUCCGCAAGUCGGCGUCUGAGGACAGCAUCAAGCGGUCCACCUUCCGAUUCUCUAUCGAUGCCAACCGGCUGUCAUAUGAGAAGAGAUGUUCAUCACCCAACCAGUCUCUCCUCAGUAUCCGUGGAUCCCUCUUCUCACCUCUGAGGACCAGCCGCGCCAGCUUGUUCAGCUUCCGAGGCCGGGCACGGGACAUGGGCUCUGAGAAUGACUUUGCAGACGAUGAACACAGCACCUUUGAGGAGAGCGACAGCCGCAGGGGCUCUCUGUUUGUGCCCCGACGCCUGGAGCGUCGCUGCAGCGCUGUCAGCCAGACCAGCCUCGGAGCGCCCCGGGUCGUGCUCCCCGCCAAUGGGAAAAUGCACUGCACCGUGGACUGCAACGGUGUGGUGUCGCUGGUCGGCGGGACUUCUAUCACAACCUCACCUGUAGGUCUGCUGCUGCCUGAGGGGACAACUACAGAUACUGAGCUGAAAAAACGCCGUUCGGGUUUUCACCAGCCAUCCAUGGAUUAUUUAGAAGAACCAACGGGCAGACAGAGAGCCAUGAGCGUGGCCAGUAUCCUCACCAACACCAUGGAAGAGCUUGAAGAGUCAAGACAAAAGUGUCCCCCCUGCUGGUAUAAAUUUGCCAACACCUGUCUCAUCUGGGACUGUUGUCCCCAAUGGCUGAAAAUCAAGGAGGUUGUCAACAUGGUGGUCAUGGAUCCAUUUGUGGACUUGACCAUCACCGUUUGCAUUGUCCUCAACACCCUUUUCAUGGCUAUGGAGCAUUACCCUAUGACUCCAGAAUUUGACAAUGCUCUCUCAGUGGGAAACCUGGUGUUCACAGGCAUCUUCACAGCAGAGAUGUGCUUCAAGAUCAUCGCUUUGGAUCCCUACUACUACUUCCAGCAAGGCUGGAACAUCUUUGACGGCAUCAUCGUCAGCCUCAGUCUGAUGGAGCUUGGUUUGGCCAACGUUGAAGGCCUGUCUGUACUCAGGUCAUUUAGAUUGUUAAGGGUCUUCAAACUGGCCAAGUCAUGGCCCACUUUGAACAUGCUGAUAAAGAUCAUCGGCAACUCGGUGGGCGCUCUAGGGAACUUGACUCUGGUGCUGGCCAUCAUCGUCUUCAUCUUCGCCGUGGUGGGGAUGCAGCUUUUUGGGAAGAGCUACAAGGAGUGCGUGUGCAAGAUUUCUGAGGACUGUAAGCUACCCCGCUGGCACAUGCAUGACUUCUUCCACUCCUUCCUCAUUGUGUUCCGGGUGCUGUGCGGAGAGUGGAUUGAGACCAUGUGGGACUGCAUGGAGGUGGCAGGACAGACAAUGUGUCUAAUUGUCUUCAUGAUGGUCAUGGUCAUUGGAAAUCUGGUGGUUCUAAACCUGUUCUUGGCUCUACUGCUGAGCUCUUUCAGCGCAGACAACCUGGCAGCAACUGACGACGACAGCGAAAUGAACAACUUGCAGAUUGCUAUAGGUCGAAUCCAGCGGGGCAUCGCGUUUAUCAAAACCACAGUGCGCCAGUUCUUCCGGAGCAUUUGCUUUGGUGGGGGCGGUAAGGGCUCGGGUCUGGUUGAGGAGAGCAAACCCCUGGAUGAACUGCACAGUAAUGGCAAGGGCAACUGCAUCUCCAAUCACACUGUGGAGAUCACCAAAGACCCCUCUGGCGUGUACAUGACAGAGGGCAACGGACGACCAGGAGGAGGAUUGGUGGUUGGAGUAGGACUUGGUGGAGACAGUACUGGGAAGUACCCUAUAGAGGAAUGUGACUACAUGUCAUUUAUUCAUAACCCCAGUCUGACAGUCACGGUGCCCAUUGCUGUGGGUGAGUCGGACUUUGAGAACCUUAACACAGAGGACUUCAGCAGCGACUCGUCGGAUAUCGAGGGCAGCAAAGAGAAGCUUGAUGUAGAGCCCCAGCGUCUGAGCUCAUCGGAAGGAAGCACAGUUGAUAUUCGCCCUCCAGGUGACGGGGUUGAGUCAGUGGAACUGGAGCCAGAGGAGUCACUGGACCCAGAGGCCUGCUUCACAGAGGGUUGCGUGCGCAGAUUCCCGUGGUGCCAGGUCAACGAAGAGGGAAAUAAUUACAAGAGCUGGUGGACACUCAGGAAAACCUGCUUUACCAUAGUGGAGCACAACUGGUUUGAGUCCUUUAUCAUAUUUAUGAUCCUGCUCAGCAGUGGAGCCCUGGCAUUUGAGGACAUUUACAUCGAGCAGCGAAGGACCAUAAAAACAGUGCUGGAAUACGCAGACAAGGUCUUCACCUACGUCUUCAUUUUGGAAAUGCUGCUGAAAUGGGUGGCAUAUGGCUUCGUCAAGUACUUCACCAAUGCCUGGUGCUGGCUCGACUUCCUCAUUGUAGACGUGUCCUUGGUCAGCCUUACAGCCAACGCUUUGGGCUACUCUGAGCUUAGUGCCAUCAAGUCUUUGAGGACCCUGCGAGCCCUCCGGCCCUUGAGGGCCUUGUCUCGGUUUGAGGGCAUGAGGGUUGUAGUGAACGCUCUUCUGGGGGCCAUCCCCUCCAUCAUGAAUGUUCUGUUGGUCUGCCUCAUUUUCUGGCUCAUCUUCAGCAUAAUGGGUGUCAACCUGUUUGCUGGGAAGUACUAUUACUGCGUCAACACCACCAACGAUGAGGUCUUUCCCCUCAACGUCGUCAACAACUUGUCAGAGUGCGAGAGUCUGGUCAACGAAAGCGCCCGCUGGAAAAGUGUCAAAAUCAACUUUGACAAUGUCGGGGCCGGAUAUCUGGCUCUGUUGCAAGUGGCAACCUUUAAGGGUUGGAUGGACAUCAUGUAUGCAGCUGUGGACUCUAGAGAUGUGGGAGACCAGCCUCAGUAUGAAGUGAACUUGUACAUGUAUCUCUACUUCGUCAUCUUCAUCAUCUUUGGGUCCUUCUUCACACUCAACCUGUUCAUUGGUGUCAUCAUUGACAACUUUAACCAGCAGAAGAAAAAGUUGGGUGGUCAGGACAUCUUCAUGACAGAAGAACAAAAGAAAUAUUACAACGCUAUGAAGAAGCUGGGCUCCAAGAAACCGCAAAAGCCUAUACCUCGACCAACAAAUGCAUUUCAAGGCUGCGUGUUCGACUGCAUCACAAAGCAGGCCUUUGAUAUUUUAAUCAUGAUCCUCAUCUGCCUUAACAUGGUGACCAUGAUGGUGGAGACAGAUGACCAAACAGAAGAUAUGGGCAAAACCCUGUACUGGAUCAACCUGGUUUUCAUUGUGCUCUUCACCGGAGAGUGUGUGCUCAAGAUGAUCUCUCUGCGUCACUAUUACUUUACCAUUGGCUGGAACAUAUUUGACUUUGUGGUGGUGAUCCUGUCUAUUGUAGGUAUGUUUUUAUCCGAAGUUAUUGAGAAGUAUUUUGUGUCUCCCACGCUGUUCCGAGUGAUCCGUCUGGCCAGGAUCGGUCGCAUUCUUCGCCUCAUCAAGGGAGCCAAGGGAAUCCGGACGCUUCUGUUUGCUUUAAUGAUGUCCCUUCCCGCCCUGUUCAACAUCGGCCUCCUCCUCUUCCUAGUCAUGUUCAUUUACGCCAUCUUCGGCAUGUCCAACUUUGCCUACGUCAAGAGGGAGUCGGGAAUCGAUGACAUGUUUAAUUUUGAAACCUUUGGGAACAGUAUGAUCUGUUUGUUUCAGAUUACCACCUCGGCAGGGUGGGAUGGACUGCUGGCCCCCAUACUCAACAAGAGGGAGCCUGACUGCGACAGUCAGUUGGAGCACCCAGGCAACUCCUACAAAGGCAACUGUGGCAACCCGUCAGUGGGUAUCUUCUUUUUUGUCAGUUACAUCAUCAUCUGCUUCCUCAUCGUGGUCAACAUGUACAUAGCCGUCAUCCUCGAGAACUUCAGCGUGGCCACGGAGGAGAGCGCUGAGCCGCUGAGCGAGGACGACUUUGAGAUGUUCUACGAAGUGUGGGAGCGCUUUGACCCGGACGCCACUCAGUUCGUGGAGUACAGCAAGCUUUCUGAUUUUGCAGACGCUUUGGAUCCGCCACUUCGCAUUCCCAAGCCCAACAUGAUACAGCUCAUCACAAUGGACCUGCCCAUGGUGAGCGGCGAGCGCAUCCACUGCCUCGACAUCCUGUUCGCCUUCACCAAGCGAGUGUUGGGCGAAGGUGGCGAGAUGGACGUGUUACGUGGGCAGAUGGAGGAGCGCUUCAUGGCCUCCAACCCCUCCAAGGUGUCUUACGAGCCCAUCACGACCACGCUGCGGCGAAAACAGGAGGAAAUGUCGGCCGUCAUAAUUCAGAGAGCCUUCCGUCGGUACAUGAUCCGCCUGGCCAUGAAAAAGGCCUCCACCAUAUACAAAGAGCAAUUGAAGGAGGGCGUCCGUGACCCCGACAAAGAUGUCAUGGUCAUCAGCAAGUUCAAUGAGAACUCCACCACGGACAAAACGGACAUGACCCCCUCCACAGCCUCGCCGCCUUCCUACAACAGUGUGACGAAGUCGGACAAGGACAAAUACGAGAAAGAAAACAGGGAAAAAGAAAACAAAGGGAAAGACCGAAAGAAGUAGAAUUUUAAAAGGAACAAAAUAAUCUAAAUGCAUCAAAGACACGAGGGAAACUUGUUUACAGCUUCUAAGUGGGGGUAGAUAUAUGUACACGUGUACUUUGAUUGUGGGGGUUGAGGAACAAUGAAAUCCGAGUGUUGUGUCAUUGGGGAUGACAUGGGUCGUCUGAGGAGAAAUACAGAAACUAUUUAUCCAGCAGACACUGCCGUGGAUUGAGUGAAACAUGGGAAGAGGCUCUCUGCAAAAGCUUGUGAUUUUCCUAUUGGUUGUUGUUACUAUCUGACACACUUGAGUGUACUGUUAAGUUGUCUGUAGCUAGUGCUGCUGCUACUACUAUAAAUCCAGUGUCUUGAAUCUAACAAUCGCUGUAUCACUUAACAAGUACUCUGCAUUUUUUGGUUUCGUUUUAUUUUUGGGUUUCUUUUUCUUUUUUUCAUCAGAAAGAAUGUUUUCUACUUUUUGUGUCAUUAUUGUGAGAAUGUGUCCACUGCUUUCACUGUUGUAAAAUGACCAAGGGCAGAUCAAGUCAAUGCUGGAAACCGCUAUAACCAUUGGAAACUUGUACAGUGCAGGGUCAGUGCCAGGCUGCUCUUGGUUCAUACGGUACAUGAACCUGAGACAACUGACAUACCAGUGGAGCACAAUGGACACGCGGGUUGUGCUCACUGGUAUGCCGUCAGUGAUUGUUCAAAUCUGUAUUGUGCUUCUAUCCGGACUGUCACCUCCCACUUUCAGUAGAAAGUCUGUGUUUCUAAAUGCAGAGAAGCUGAAUGUAUGCAACUGAAGGAAUGACGGACAUUAAACCAAUAGCUGACAUGUCUGGAAACGUGCUCAGUCCUUUUUUUGCAGAUGGGUAGAUUGAAAGGUUGAUACCACUCUCAAACGUGUUUGCAGCUUGAGCCAUUGGCGCAAGUCAGGACUAGAAGCACCGGGGCAACAGCUAGGUAGAGCAGAAACCUCCAGCCGGUAUUAUCCUUAAAUCUACAGUAUCCUGCCCAUAAAGUGAAAGUAACUCUUCCAAACAUUAGUGACCCAGAUGUUAGGACAGUUGUCUAUGAACACGGGGGUUGGGGGGUCUCCGUUCUCCUGGCUUCUGGCUACAAGUCUCUCUGACACUGAACCUUGAACCCUUGGUGCCUUACGUGCAGCCGCCUGUCCUAAAGAAAUCCCCAAGGGGAUUAAUGACGUAUUUACUAUUAUUGCUUUUAGCAUUUUAGCCACACUCCAAAUAUACGAAUGUUAAUAACUGUUUAUGUUGUUGUCGCACAGGCCAGUGUCUCUAGAGGCACUAAAACAUUGUAAGACUCAGUUUCCUAUGAUACAGUAUGUUGGAUGCUUCCUGUCUGAGGUUAAACCAUAGUUAACAGUUCCCCUUUCACAAUCCAUCUGUUUAGUUAUCGGCAUCUAUUUGUCCUUUCAGGCACAUCGUGCUACCUAUGGUAGCUGAGUGCAAACGUAUCAGGGGUGAAGAUAGGAAUUACUAAAACUCCUAAAUACCUAAAUCCUUGGUUAGCGAACGUACUGACACGAGAGUGGGAUCAACCUUCACAUCUAACUCUUGGAAAUGGCAGUUUUAUUGUCAAACUAAUUUGCUCAAGGCGACACCGACUCAUCCGUCUGCUGGUGUAUCACAGUCUCCUCCAGAGCAUUUGUUGUCCUCUCCUUCACCCUCCAUCCCACCCAUCCCCCAUGUCUCUUGUAAAGAAACUAUCUUAAGUAAUAAGAAAUAUACGAAAAAGAGAAUAUUGAUCUUUCUAUUUGCUCUUAAACUAGAACAUGACCAUAUAUCACAUUUAAAGGUUAUAAUAACACGCGAUGUUUGUAUGACAUUCAUGUUGUUCACUGAGAAGCGAGUGGUUUUAAUGUAGUGGUUUGGUUUGUAAAUACUAGCUAUUUGGACCCACAGUAUGCAUCACACUUACAUUUGAUGUAAGAGCACUUUUUAUCCCCACUGCUAUGUAAAACCACAUGUGGUGGUCAUACAUGUAAGUGUGUGUGAGAGGCAUGUGCUGCUGUCUGUGUGCUUAUCUGUAAGAAAGGAAAACUGUGAGUGUAAACGUCUACUCAAAGUGUGUGCGAGCAACUGGGCUCUGCCAGUUGCUAAAGUUCUACCAGUUAUAAAUAGCAUUUUUACUGUAGAUACGAGUGCGUUUUUCCAGUCCCCGGGUUUGGUUGACAUUUUUUCUAGAACUGGUUUCACUUUUCUUUCUGCACUGUAACACAUGUACGGUCCUCAUAUCUGUAGAUACAGACCAUGAAGCAAUCAGUAGCCAUCUCUCAUUGCGCUUGUAGUGUUUUAGUGAACUGCAUGCAAGAAGUGACUACUGUCCGCUCAUAUGGUAACAUCAUUUUCAAGCCAAAUGAAUAAAGGACAUAUUUUUUGUAAA